AUGAACAACGGGGACGUCGGAGGCUCUAGAGGCAGAGGCCGUGGUUGGAAUUCCGACAACCAACCUCGCGAAUUACGCCGGCCCAAAAAUGUAACCGAGGAAGUGAAAGAACCUCCAAAGUCAAUACUGUCGGCUGAAGCGAAAGAAUGGUAUCCACGGAACUACGUGCCUCAGAAUCAAGUGUCGUAUGGUCAGGAGCAUUACCGAGUACCUCGAUACUCGGCUCAAGAUAGAAUUCGACAGGCUCAAGAACAAGACCCAUACAACUUCGAAGAUAUGUCAUAUUCUUUGGAUGAACCCGAAAGUGCCUUGCGGGAAAAUAUAGCGAACCUGAUUACUGUUAUGUGCGAGAUAACAUUUGACCCCGGCAAGUUUGACACUCUCUGUGGACCUUUGGUAGAUUCGUUUUAUGCAACUCUACACGAUGCUAACUACACCAGGCCUCUCGUCGAAGCUAUUGUGAAUCAGUCAAUAUUCGAGGCGAACUUCCGUUAUAAUGGUGCUCGUCUUUGCUCGAUGUACGAUUCCGUUUCGCCUCCCGAAGACUCGACAUUCCGAGCCUGUCUGUUGGAACGUUGUACUGCCGAGGAGAACAAAAUCAUCAGCGGAGCAGAGACAUCGGAAGAAAAUGUCAGAGGUUUUGCUAUGUUCUUAGCUGAGAUAUACACUCAGCUAGAAGACAAUCAGGGAGGAAGAAUAAGAACUCUGGGUGAAAGUCUCUGUAAAGUGUUCAUGCAUCUUUUGGAUACCGACAAAGAGGUCAACAUAAAAGCGGUAUGCCAGUUGUUGAAAUUGUCUGGUAUAGCGCUAGAUGCGGAUUGUCCAUCUAGUAUGCAGCAGCUGUUUGAUCGCUUGAAGCAACGCUCGGACUUGGCGAGCGUGCGUCACGUGGUGUCUUUGAGAGCGACACGUUGGGGUUUAGCUGACCCCGACCCGCCGGCCCCUCCCGCUGAUAGGCGACGAAACGCUAACUCUGAAGCGGACGGUGUUGGAGGUUACCUCGCAGACGGACAUUCGCUGACGGCUGAGGAAUGCGCCUUCUUGCAAAGCAACCUACCACCAAAACCUCCCGCUAUAGAGGACGACAUACUUGAGGAAUUGGAAAAUGAUGCAUGGGAUACAGGAAUGGAUCCCGAAAUGCAAGCGGGCUUCCUAGAGUUCCUCAAGAUAUCCAAUCAAAUCAAACGAUAG